GAGAUGCAUGUGGGGGAAAGGCUGCUGAUACAAAGAUCCUGGCCAACAGUGAAGAGAUACACCUGAAGACAAGAUAAAAGCUGAGUGUGGGAGACAAACAGGGAGACACACAUACAAGAGCUGCAGAAGGAAAGCUUUGAAAAAACAAAAAAGAGAACAGAGCCAUCUUGAGGAUGAAGUGUGUUGCUGUUGUUGCAUUGCUGAGUCUCCUCUCACUGGGACACUCUGCUCCUGUGAGCAGCUGUGACAGUCUGGUAAAACCAAUAACUAUCAGCAAUGAAGACAUGUUGGGUAGGUGGCUGUACAUCGGGGGCAGCUCUGACCUCCCAGGAAGCCGCUCCCUGGGCCACCUGCUGACCAGUGCCUGGCUGGACAUCACAGCAACCACCCAGAGCAACAUCCUCAAUCUCGUCCAGACUCAGAGAAUAUAUGGUGAAUGUUCGAGCUUAACAUACAAUGUGACCUUUGAAAACAGCACAAUGUUAAUUGAGCAACCUUUUUACCUCAAAGAAGUAUAUCUGAAGACUGACUGCUCUGACUGUCUGGUUGUCCAUGAAGAAGUUGUCUCUGGCAAAGACACUUUCACCAGUCUUCUGCUUUUUAGCAGGAGAAAGAGCGUCUCACCUGACGCUCUGGAGAUGCUCAAGAAACAAGCAGAAUGUCUCCGCAUGCCGUCGCCAAUAAUGAUAGAACUGAACUACGAAAUCUGCCCAGACAACAUCCUGCCCUCAGAGGGGCUGAGUGCCUUCAACUCCUUAUUAGAGGCUAAGAUGGGACAUCGAGUUGCAAGACUUCUGGAUUCUCUAUUUGAUAUGUUUGUGAACUGAUUUAGACUUUGUUUUUGAUUUGUGCCAUAAGCCAUUUUGAAGGAGUAAGGGUACAUUUUUUUCUGAGAUAUUGUAGGUCAGUAAUUAAGAAAUUUUAAUUAAAAGUAAAUGUAGGAACUACCUUAUUCUCUUAUUUCUACCAUAACCCUUAAAAUUUAUGGUGCUGAUGCUAUUAUCAUUAUAACUCUUUAUAGCUGGUGAUUGUGGACACAGAGGAUAAAAAGAUGUCAUAUGCUUCAAAUUGCCACCACUGCAUUUCUGUGCAAUAAAAACCUUGUUCCUCUCCAAUGUUACAGAAGAUGUUGCGUUCUGCUCUGCGAGUACCACAAGAUUCAUUACAUCCAGGAGAAGUGGCUGGAUGCUUUUCCUCUGACAUCUUCUAAACGCUAAACUUCAUCACGCCAAACACACUUCACUGCCUUUACAGCCUUGUUGUGUUUGUACUUACGCACUUGCAAACUAAUUUCCUAAGAGGAAAGGCUUUUGUAGAAGAGGUGCGCACGCUUACCAAAUGACAUGC